CACGGCUCAUCGCGAGACUAUCAUCCAGCCCCUUUGCCUGAAUCCAGCUGAUACCGUUGACGGUUCCACUGCAGUGAGCUGAGAGCUGCCGGUCAUCAUGGGAAACAUCUUCGGCAACCUGUUAAAGAGCCUGAUUGGGAAGAAGGAGAUGAGGAUUUUAAUGGUGGGGCUCGAUGCUGCAGGCAAAACCACCAUCCUCUACAAGCUGAAGCUGGGGGAGAUAGUCACCACCAUCCCCACAAUCGGUUUCAAUGUCGAGACGGUGGAGUACAAGAACAUCAGCUUCACGGUAUGGGAUGUGGGUGGCCAGGACAAGAUCCGGCCCCUCUGGAGGCACUACUUCCAGAACACCCAGGGCCUGAUCUUUGUGGUGGACAGUAACGACCGUGAACGAGUAAAUGAAGCACGGGAGGAACUCAUGAGGAUGCUGGCUGAGGAUGAGCUGCGGGAUGCUGUUCUUCUUGUCUUCGCCAACAAACAAGAUUUGCCCAACGCCAUGAACGCUGCAGAGAUCACAGACAAGCUGGGCCUGCACUCCCUACGUCACCGCAACUGGUACAUUCAGGCCACAUGUGCCACCAGUGGAGACGGUCUCUACGAGGGCCUUGACUGGCUGGCCAAUCAGCUCAAGAACAAGAAGUGAAGGGUCCAACCAGUAGAGAGUGGGGAAGAGCCUGGGUGGCAGCUCCAGGUAGUGGUUAUAGUUGAUCCAUUGUGUUUACAUGGAGAGGCAGCACUGAAGAGCUCCCAGGGGGUGACUCUCAAUGGCUUUCCCCCCCAACUCCUAUUUUCUUUGCUUAUGUUGAUUCAUUUCAUUUGGUUGGAUCUGCAGUGACUGUUUUUCAUUAUUUAAAAACCAAUGAUAUAGAAGUUGACCUAUGAGUUUACAUUCUCUAAGCUGAGCGCAUAAAUAUUGGGAUGUAACAUUAUAAAGAUAUUGUAAAGGCAUACAUAUUUCCCCCGAUUCACAGUUUCUGUGUCCUUUUGAUUUGUUCAGGAAAAGUCAUAUAUGUAGACAUGACGGCAGAGCAUCCUUAACGUGACCGAACCCUCUCUCAGACACUUUAGACUUAAGGUGAACUUUAAAGAAUGUUAUCGGUGUACUAGUACUUUUGCUACCAUUGGCACAGUGUACUAUCACAUUGACUAAAAACAAUAUGCUGGUUUUCCAUCUCCCAUAAACAUUAUUAUUAUUAUUAUUUUAAAACCUUAUUCAAUUUUGAUUUUAUUUAAAAAUAUAGGAAACUCAACAAAACAUGACACACACUGGAUUGUCUUGAACAAAUUCUACUUUUGUCAGCAUUUCUUUAUUUAUUCAUAUGUUUAUUUAUUCAUACGUUUACAUAUUUAUUUAUCCUAAAAGUAUUGUGCUUUCUCUAUCAUUAUGGCUACAUGCAUUCAUUACCAAGGCAGUCGGUGAAAAAAGAAACCUGUGUACCACUGUAUAUUAGUACUACCCAAUCUGCAUGGAGAUCUCCCAAUACUGGCUCACGGGCUUGCAGGAGCUUUAAACAACUGCAGGCCAUUGCUGUAAAUAAAGAUGUGUUCUUAGUGGAGUUGCCUGGUGAAAUAAGGGUUAAAAAAAAUUGUCUGUGUCAGUGAGGUGUGGCAGCUGAGACGAUACAGAUGAUAGAACAGGCAUACUGUACCAGCUCUGUGGCUUAGAAUUAAAAAAAAAAAUGCUGCUAUUGACCUACCUUGUGGAGAGUGAUGCAGCACAGCAUGUGAUGGGCAAUAUUAGACAGCAUAUAUACUUUCAAUUUUUUUUAAAAAUUAUUAUUAGAAUUAUUUUUGUUAUUUUUGUUUGUUUUCAGCUGGUUUCUGCUGGUAGCUGCACUGUGUCUGUCAGAUUAACACACAUUGCUUGUCAUCCUGAUUUAUUCAUUGACAUUGAGUGUUACCUGUGUUAACUCUAUCUCCGUUUUACCAUGUUGUGCAGUUAACUUUUUAGGUGCAUUAUCGUAGUACAAUAUGCAAUGUCUGUUUUACUUGUAUUUUGAAUGGAGUGUUUAUUUAUUUUGGACCAAAAGGAACGUGUUGAGUUCAGUGUUGGUUAUAUUCCUUUGCUAAUUGGGUCAGACAGUGUCUUCUUGAGAGUUCACAAAUCAGAAUUUGAAAAAAAAAAAGAAAAAAAAUCAGGAGAGAGGAUGAUAGUAAUAUUGCAUCAUAAGGCAUGUUAAUACUGUAAAAGAUCUGUAAUAAAAGUGAAUUAUAAUAGCCCGUUUCCUCAGACUAUAUUUAUUACUCUAAAUUACUGCUGCUGGUUGGGACAAUGCUGUACUGAUAAAUGUUAUGGAUUUAGUGUAAAGUUUACCUAACAAACUUCUAAUAUGCAAGAGCAUGCUUUUCUAUGUCAACGCAACUGUAUAUAUGUUUAUGUAACAAGAAAAGUAUACAAUAGUAUUUGCGGUCGAAAUGAAAUUGUUGUUGAUAUACCUGUAGAUACUGGGGUCAGUGUGUUGGCGGAUAUGUGCAAUUGACAACAGCUUGUGUGUGUGAUGUGCCCUCUAGUUCAGUUUGGUGUGAACAUUGUUUUUGUGGCCUUAUAUUGCCAGUGGUUCAUUUCUUUUUGAUAACAGUUUCUAUGUAGGAAUGUCUACCAUUCAAAUAUUCCACUUAUGAUCUGUACUACUGACGCACUCACAGUACUGUUGUGACAAAACAUCCUUCGUUUACCAAUGUUGACAGAACUAAUGUUGAAGGUGAAGAACGGCAAGACUACUCAACAUUCCAAGUGAUAAUGUGUUUUCGGAAAGGAAGAGACUGCCGCUAAACUGAAGUGAUCGAUUAGUCAUUCAAGUGGUGAAAAUGAAGACAACACAAACUGGUGCAGAAGUGUUGAAUGAUUCAGUUAUUCCUGGCACUACACUGAUCAAUCAAUAAAAAGACCAAAACACAA